AUGGCAUUCAAGUUUGUGGCCCUUUUCGCACUGAUCGCCGUCGCCAGUGCCGGCGUCCUGCCCGCCGCCCAUGUGUACCAUGCCGCUCCGGUGGCCACCUAUGCGGCACCAGCCCCGGCUGCCGUCCUGAAGACCGUGACCCAUCCGGUGCUGGCCAAGGCCGACGAGGAGUACGAUCCCCAUCCGCAGUACAAGUACGCCUACGAUGUGCAGGAUUCCCUUUCCGGCGACUCCAAGAGCCAGGUGGAGGAGCGCGACGGGGACGUGGUCCGCGGGGAGUACUCCCUGGUCGAUUCCGAUGGAUUCAAGCGCACGGUGCAGUACACCGCCGAUCCCGUCAAUGGGUUCAAUGCCGUGGUCAGCCGGGAGCCCCUGGUUAAGACCGUGGUCAAGACCGUGGCCCCGGUGGCCCCCGUCUACACCUCCUACCACUAA